GUAUAUAAAUAAAAUACCUCAUAUAUAUGUGUACUAUUAGUGAUGUUCAGAAAAAAAAAAAAAAAGUGUACUAUUAGUUAGCUACCACAUUGCCCUUAGUACUCAAUUCUAAUUGUCUUUUACUAGCUCUCUUUUGUUUUGUUUGCUACUUCUCUAUCACACAAUGUUGGGUUUCAGAGCCCAGGAUCCCCGUCUCCAUGCCAUCAAAAAUAAGAUUCGUGUAGUCCCCAAUUUUCCUAAACCUGGCAUCAUGUUCCAAGACAUUACUACUCUGCUGCUGGAUCCCAAAGCCUUUAAGGACACGAUAGGUUUGUUCGUUGAGCGAUACAGAGGCAAAAACAUUUCUAUUGUUGCAGGAAUUGAAGCCAGGGGUUUUAUUUUUGGUUCUCCAAUUGCAUUGGCAAUAGGAGCAAAAUUUGUACCAUUGAGGAAACCAAAAAAAUUACCUGGGAAAGUUAUUUCUCAAGAGUAUAUAUUGGAAUAUGGAAGAGACUGUCUUGAGAUGCAUGUUGGAGGAGUUGAACAUGGUGAACGUGCAUUAGUAGUUGAUGAUUUGAUUGCUACUGGUGGAACACUUUGUGCAGCUAUGGAUUUGCUAGAACGUGAGGGAGCAGAGAUAGUUGAGUGUGCAUGCGUAAUUGAAUUACCAGAAUUAAAGGGUCGUGAACGGUUGAAUGGGAAAUCCUUGUAUGUGUUAAUCGAAUGUUUUGAGUCUUGUGACUCUCAAUAGAUGAAGAUGAAAUUGAUUCAUUCGUGCUUUCCCGAUUGGAAUUGCAUUUUACUAGGCGUCAAGCAAACCGCGUUUGUGCUCUUGCACGAGCAGUUUUAACUCAUGUUUUUCACGUUACUUUUAAUGUUAUUCCGAGUUGUAUUCACAAUAUUAUUAUGAAUGAAAUGUCUUGACUUUGCUUGCGUAAAAAAAAUUGGAAUUGGAUUU